CAGUUAUGGCAACACAAUUUUAUCAUUUCACUGCUGGAUCAAGGACAUCUAUAUUUACUUGCCAAACCAACGAAAUAUAAAUACCUAGGUAAUCUAAUUUAGUUAAAUAACAGCCUAUUUGAACACAUUUUUCCGCAAUUACUACAAUACAAUUUAAUUAACACUGUAUGCCCUCAUAAUUUCUAAAAAAUCUUAAUUUUGGUGUUUAUUUCGAAAUGUCUCCAACACGAGCAGCGGGUUUAGUAAUAUUCAGACAAACAAAUCAAAUUAUUCAAUUCCUAUUGCUGCAAACUUCUUAUGGACAACAUCACUGGACCCCACCAAAAGGUCAUGUAGAUCCUGGAGAGUCCGACUGGGUGACAGCAUUGCGUGAAACCCAAGAAGAGGCAGGUCUAUCUGAGAAUGAUUUGGAGAUCUACAAAGAUAUAUCUAAGGCUUUAAACUAUGAGGUCAAGGGAAAGCCAAAGGUGGUUGUAUAUUGGCUGGCCAAACUUAAGAAUCCAGAUCAAGCAGUCACACUAUCAGAUGAGCAUCAGGACUUAAAGUGGCUUCCGUUACAACAGGCCCAAGAAAUUUCUGGCUUUAAGGAUAUGCAAAAUUUGCUUGCUGAGUUUUAUGAUAGUGCUCUGAAAGUUGUGUAAUUUACAGUGUAUUGUCUAGUACUUUGUCUCUUUAUUUUUGUGUAUGUUAAUCAAACUGUCUGACUGA